AUGACCAAUGUUAACGUGAAUCCGGAAGUUGAGCCAAUUCGGAUCGUUAACCCAAAUCUGAUAAAUGCUUGUCUUAAUCUCGCCGCCCCUGGGGUCGACGCUAUUACAGAAGAGAAACGCAAAUACAACGUCCUCGAGGAACAGCUCAAAGAGCUCGAAAAGUUUGUCUAUAGGCCUAAGAGCAUCAGAGGAGCCCUGAGGAGUCUCGUCAAAGAUACCAUCAUACUUGAGAAAAAGAGAUGGAGCGAGAUUGUGUCAAAGAAGGAAGAUCUUAAGGAAGAGAUGGAGUAUAUCGAAGCGGUAUUGCAGGCAAUUCAGCACCGAAUGGACUAUUUGCUGGUCAACUUGCCAGCGGAAUAA